CGACGCUCAAAUAGUCAGUGAGAAGCGCGCGCGUCUCAUUCUACCUGCUGAACGCGCGCUGAUCAAAGCAUGGCCAAAUCUCAGUCGAGACGCUGCUGCUUCUGCAUACUCGCUUUAGUGUGCUGUGUCGUGAUUAUCUGCAUUUGCAUCAUUUUAGCCACCAAACAGAGAUGCGCGUUCACGCACGCUGCUGUAUCUGCGGACUCUUCCAGGUGCUCCGACAUCGGCAGGGACAUGCUGCUUGAGGGGGGCUCAGCGGUGGACGCAGCCAUCGCAGCUCUGCUCUGCACUAGUUUGGUCAACCCACAGAGCAUGGGUUUGGGUGGAGGGGCCAUCUUUACCAUUAUGGACAAAACAGGCAAAGUGAAUAUCAUCAGCUCAAGAGAAACAGUCCCAAAAGGUGUCAAAGGGGAUCUGCUGAAUAAGUGUCCAAAAACCAUUACAUUUGCUACAGGAAGUCACUGGAUAGGUGUUCCAGGAGAACUCCGUGGCUAUGAAAAAGCUCAUCAGUUGUAUGGAAAGCUGCCCUGGGCCAAACUAUUCGAGCCCUCCAUCAAGCUGGCACGAGAGGGCUUCCCCAUGCCAGUCUACCUCGCUUUUUUUUUGCAGCAAGAUUUAAUUAAAAAGCUUAUGAAUGGCACUGAACUCUGUGAACUGUUCUACAAGAGCAAGACAGUUCUUAGCCCAAGGGACACCCUCAGGUUCCCUCAGUUGGCAGAAACCAUGGAAACGAUCUCCAAAGAAGGAGCCGAUGCCUUUUACACUGGAAAAAUCGCGAAGGACUUGAUACAGGAUGUCCAAGAGAGAAAUGGAAUCUUAUCAUUAGAAGAUCUGAGCACUUUUCAGGUCAGAGUCAGUGAUGCAUGGUCAGUCCAACUUGGUGAUUACAAGAUGCACUUCCCUCCUCCACCAGCAGGGGGAGCGAUACUCAGCCUUAUCCUCAAACUAAUGCAUGGAUUCAGGCUUUCUCCAGCCUCUAACCAAGGGGACCAGAAAAUCUUGAAUUUGCAUCGGUUCCUUGAGGUGGUUAAGUUUGCAAACGGACAAAAGCACAACCUCAAAGACCCCUUCUUCGGCUCCAGAGAAAAUAUGGAGCACAUCAAAGAUGAGAAGUUCAUUGAGCACAUCAGGGCUUUGAUCACUGACAGCUCCACGCACAACGCCUCUUACUACAACAUCACGCCGUCAGUCGACCGCUUUGGCACUACGCAUGUUUCAGUGUUGGCGGCAGAUGGCACUGCUGUGUCGGUCACCAGCACCAUCAACCACAUGUUUGGGUCAACUGUUUUCUCUCCUAAAACGGGUAUCAUCCUCAACAACGAGCUAGCUGACUUCUGCGGCCGAGCAGAUUCUGUCACACCAGGCGAGCAGCCUCCCUCCUCCAUGGCUCCUACCAUCCUGCAGUCCCAGGAGAAGACUGUAGUGAUUGGUGGAUCAGGAGGAAGUUUUAUCACCACAGCCAUGGCCCUGUCCAUUAUGAACCAUUUGUGGUUUGGGAUGAACCUUAAAGAAUCUAUUGCUGCUAAAAUAGUAUUUGUGGACUCCAACAACAAUGUUCUAUUUGAACGUGGAUACGACAAUUCUUCUAUCAGUGCAAUGCAAAAGAUAGGACAUAUCGUGAAGAACAGCAAGUUCCCAUUUUUCAAUGUGGUCAACGGCAUCUCGAAAGAAGGACAGUGCAUCAGUGCCGUAUCUGACGACAGGAAGCGCGGCGGGUCAGCGGGAUACUGACCCUGCCUCUGUUUGCGCCGUCAGCUGUUAGAGACUGGUGUGGUGAUUCAUCAGGCCUGAGAGGAAGUGAGGUGGAAACAAAGGGUCAGCGCUCCCUUUCAGCGACGCCUGUUGACACCAUAAAUUCAAAUAUGGGUUGAUUGUGCACAAUGGUGUGCAUUUGUCCGUCCAUGUCCACUUUUGUUGGACUCUAUCAAAUGAGAGUUACAGUAAGAUUUGAGUGCAUGUAAAUAUGUUUUGUAUGUCAGGGAGACAGGGGCUAGUUGUCACACAGAGGAAGGGUUGCAUCUCAAAAACCACACUGGCAUUCACUUAGGAAAGAGUAAACUAUAUAAUGAAGGUAGAUUUGAUCUGAUAGGCUGAACUGUGUUGGUAGUACAUUUUUUUUUACCAUAAAUGUCAGGUUGCACAUGGUAUAGAGUGCUGCAGCGAUGAUGUAUUUUUGUAGGCCAACCCAGAAAGCCUCGACAGAAACCCAAUUUAUCCCGUAUGAUUCUUACACGUUUUGUUCAUCUUCACAAAUAAACUUUUAUGCAUUUUGAAGCCUAAAUACAGUCACCAGAAGAAUAAAGGCACUUGCGUACCGCGUAGUUCUAGGAACUAGCCAACAGGGUCGUUCCUAGAGAAACAAUUUCCCUCUUGGGCUGUUUUUCUAGUUGCAUUCGCACUGGCAAGCAGGAACUCUGAAGCAGAAAAAAAUGCUGCAGACAGGUAAAUGCCGUUAUUGCUGUUUUCCAUGUUCAUGGAGUAAGUAUUUCUACAUAGCUUUUUAAAAACGCUGGGUAACUAGCUGGUGUUUCGUAUGCGUUUGGCCAAUCAGCGUACACUUACAUCACUGGUAGUUCCUACAGAACUGUUUUAGACCCCACUCUGAAGUAGGAGCUAAAUUAGUUCCCCCAAACGGAGGUCCUAGAACUAAAACCGUUCCUAGUUCCUGCAGUGCGAGCAUGUCAAAAAACGGAAACUUCUAUGAAAAGUUUCCUCCAGUGCGAAAGCACCCUAUUAUAGUUAGGCUUUAAUUGAACUACACCAUGGUCACAUGACUUCAACGCCACCGUCAUAAAGCUUCAGAAAACUCUUGUCAGUUUUUAUUUUUUAAAAAACAAAAAUUUUUCCUGAAAGUUUGCAAGAGCAUGAUUAGAAACACAAGGCUGGAAAAUUGGACCAGCAAGUAGAUGAGAUUUCCAGUUCGGUGUGGUGACGUUUAAUGUCCCUGACAAUGUCUGUAGUCCCAUUUAGCCACUUAAGUGAUGUAUUUUAUGUCGUAGAAUAAAACGUGAAAAUAUCUUGAGUUUGUGUUCACCACAGGCCUUAUUUCUGGUGUAUAACCAGAAGCUCAUUAAAAAGAACAUUGACAGUGAAAAUUAAGGACAAUGAAAAUGCUAAAUCGUUUCCAGGCACUUUGGUCUACAAAAAUACACCAUCCCAGCAGCACUCUACCUGUUUUUUUGUUAGUUUUUUUUAAUAAGCUGUAUUUUUUUUUCCUGGCCAGUAAUUAUGGAAAUGUCAAGUAACUUUUUUUGUAGCCAAAUCUUUUGGCUAUGUGCAAAAACUGUCAUCACAGAUUAUGUACAAAGAAGCACUUAACAUCAUCCAGCACUAUUUCAUGAGAGCUAAUAGCGAUUAACUUGAGGUCAAUGUUUCUAAAUGCAUCUUACUGAAUCUUACUGUAAAUGUUGGGAAAAACUGUUUUAUAAAAAAAUCAAAAUGUGAAUAUCAACAAACUGAAUGAGAUACUGCAAUUACGAAAUUAUUUUAGCAAUUAUAGUUUUAUUACUUGUGAAUAAUAUGUUAUAGUUUUCAUAUGCACUUUUUAUAUUUUCCAUAAUGAUGUUUUGAUAAACAGCGUCAUAUGUUGGUUGAACUUCGAUCAUGAAUAUUUUCUACUUUUCUACUAUUUUUAUAUUGUUUACUGGGGCUGUUCAGACAUUGAAAUUUAUGUAUAUUCAGCAUGUCCCAUGAUGCACCAGAGGACUUCAGAAUAUGACAUAUUAACGGAAUCGCAUUUAAGUGCAUUUCGAAUCUUUUUGUUUCAAACAUCACAAUAAAUCCUUUCUAAUGUCUUUAAA